AUGCAUGUCUCCAUGCUCUGCAAGAACUUCCGACUCAUUCCCUCGCAGGCCUUGAACAUCUUGUUCGCCUUAUGCGGUAUAACAGGCUCCCUGUAUGGAAUGGGCCGCAAAUUGGAGCAUGUGGAACAGUUCUCGACAGCCCUAUUUUGGUGGUGGCUCGGUCAGACAAGCUACGUAGUAACGUGCGUGGUUGCCAAAAUUUCGAUCGCGGUAGCCCUCCUCCGUCUCACCGUGACCAAAAUGCAUACAAUGCUCCUGUGGACUGUCAUUGGAGUGACCAUCGUUGUUGGCCUUGUGUUCUGGUUCGUCCUGACUUUGCAAUGCAAACCGGUGUCGUAUUUCUGGAACCGAUUAUCACCUGGGGCGAAAGGAACCUGUCUGGAUGUGGACACUAUCAUCGGCAUCGCCUAUCUUUACAGUGUAACUGCCACACUGUGCGACUUCGUUCUAGGUCUCUUGCCCAUCUCGCUGGUCUGGAAGUUGCAAAUGACGCGGAAAACGAAAAUUGCGUUGGCUGCUAUUCUGAGUUUGGGAUGCAUAGCCAGUGCUGCCGUCAUCGUUCGCAUCCCUUACCUCCACUAUUACAAAGACGACGAGUUCCUUUGUAAGUCGCCCCGGCGGAUGUUGUCAUCGCGCGCUAACAUCAAUCGACUACACACAGACGCAACAACGGACAUCAGUAUCUGGUCUAACGUCGAGGCAUCUUUGGGUAUAAUGGCCGGUAGUCUCGUGACUCUCCGUCCGCUCUUCCGUUGGUUCCGCGGCACAAGUUACGGAAGGAGCAAAACUACGAAGAGGACAUUCGGCAGCAUGCCCCUCUCGAGCAUGAACGGGAACGGCAAUGGAACACACCAAUCGAAGCUUGACCGAGACGCGACGCAGUACUGGCGACCUGACGUAUAUCCUCACGAAUCACGGGCCGUCGUCACUACUAUUCAGACUUCUCCCCGCGGAAGCAAGAGUAGCAGCCAGGAGGACUUGAAUCCCAAGCAGGAGCCUUUGCAUGGGGUGAAUGUACACAAGUCUUUCCUUGUGAGUUCGGAUGAAGUAUGA